AUGUCCCCGUCGAGUGACUGUCCGAAACAUGCGCAUACACUUGCAAGUAUUCUCUCUGAGUCACUUACCUCCAUAGAAUUACUGCCCGGCGACGUCGAGGAUUGGAGCUCCGCAGGCCUUACACACGAUCAGCCCUUCCUCCUGCAAGAGGGGAACCUAGGGAUCCCAGUCAGGCUGCUAUACAGAGUAUAUGUACUCGCCGCGACACAGUUUUCUCCUGCCCUCAAAGCCUACCGCACCGACUCCUCAUCCGCAUCCGCGAAGGCGGUGGCAUCACUGUCGUCCAUCGUCAUCUUGGCCAAUCCGGCUCACCAAACUGCGCUCAACGCCCGCAAAACGCUGGUCUUGGACUCUCAUCUAGACGCUCGCGCGGAGCUGGAGCUCACGGCGCACUUUCUGACUGCGUCGAAGGACGGCGCGAAGCAGUCGACGCUCUGGGAUCAUCGACGGUGGCUACUGCAGCGCAUAUACCCCAGUUCCACUGUACAACCUCUAGCUCGAAAGAGACCUCGCGGCUGGGCUAGCGAUGUGUCUCGAUGUCCGUCCCUACCACGCACGGUCAUCGAACAAGAAUUAGCCCUGGCACUGCGCUCAUGCGAGCUGUACUCACGGAACUAUCAUGGUUGGGUCCAUAGGCACGCCAUAUUCGAAUCUAUCCUUCAUACCCUCGAAGACGCGGAUGCAUCGGAAUAUCGGCGCACCGAGAUGUUGGACCUCGUCGAGCAGGAGACGCAUACUAUCAUGUCUUGGAUAGACCGACACGUAUCGGAUUACACGGCUAUGCAGCAUCUCUGUUCUGUCGUGUUGGCCUUCUCUCCUGACCAUCGACGUUAUGGUACCCAACGUUCAGACAAGGUCGACGGGCGAUAUGCUCUUAUGGACCCGCCUAUGCUCGCCGAACACGCUAUGGAUCUGCUCCGGUCGUAUCCUCAGCACGAAGCGCUGAGCUGCUACCUGCAGCUCACAUUGAAGAUGUUCGAGCUGCCAGGCGAACUUCGAGCUCGAGCGGAGAACGUGCUUCAGACGGUGCGCAUCAUGGUCAGUUUCAUUCGAGCCGUACUCAUCGAUGACUAG